UUAUGUAUAACAAAAAAUGAAUUAUACGUGAUUUUUGGAGCGAUGCUGCUAUCAGGAUAUACAAAGUGUCCAAAUAAAAGAAUGUAUUGGUCCACUUCCGAUGACGUCCCAAAAAUAUUAUCUAACAGCAUGAGGCUCAAUAGGUUCGAAACCAUUUUACGACAUUUGCAUUUUAACGACAAUUCUUCAAUCACCCCGGAAGACAAAUUGUACAAAUUGCGACCUAUUAUAGAUCAUCUAAACACCACAUUUAAAAAACAUGGUGGGUUAGAAGAACAAAUUUCAAUCGAUGAAAGUAUGAUACCGUACUAUGGAAAGCACUAUGCAAAACAAUAUAUAAAAGGCAAACCCAUUAGGUUUGGUUUUAAAAACUGGGCAUUGUGUACAAGUACAGGUUAUUGUGUUGCUUUUGAAAUAUACACGGGAAAAUCGACAAAUGCACAUCAAUUUGGACUAGGUGGAGACGUAGUUAUCUCUUUGUUGAAAAAGGCAGAAAUUGGAGGUAACCUUGGCUAUAAAAUAUUCUUCGAUAAUUAUUUCACAGGCAUCCCUGACAAGAAAAUAUGGAACAAAGAAAAGAGAGGAAGUUACAAGUUCAUUGGAAGUAAAGAAUUGUUACUCGUUCAAUGGAAAGAUAAUAAAGUUGUUACAAUGGCCUCUAACUUCUCCAAUAUAAAUGUUGUCAAAACGUCUCGUUGGUGCAGGGAGACAAAAUCGAAGAAGCCAAUUGAUCAGCCUGAAGUAAUAUCCGUUUACAAUCGAGGAAUGGGGGGUGUUGAUAAAAUGGAUGGGUUAGUUGUAGUUUACAGAUCAAGAAUUAGACAACGAAAAUGGUAUUGGCCAAUUUUCGCCUAUUUAUUUGACAUAACGGUCACAAAUAGUUGGCUGUUGAUGAGAAAACUAAAUCCAAAGGACCCUAAUUGUGUCAACCUAUUAAAAUUUCGCAGAUACCUAGCACAGAGUUUGUUGCAGAAAUAUGGAACACCUCCUACUAAGGGACGAGUAUCGACAGUGACUACUGAUACUAGAUUUGAUAACGUAGGACAUCUUGUUGUGUAUUCUGCAACUCAUCGAAGGUGCAAGCAGUGCACAAAAAAGUGUAAUUUUAUUUGUGAGAAAUGCAAUGCUGGCCUACACCCGAAAGAAUGUUUCAAACUAUUUCAUUCGAAGUAA